GUUUUUUUUUUAUUAUCUUUUUGUACAUAUAUAAUUAAUAUUAAUUAUUUUCUCUUCCUCUUUCCCUUUCUCUUUCUUUUUCUUUUUCCCUUUCUCUCUCUUUUCUAUUCUAUUCUAAUUUGUUUAAUAUAUAUACACAUAUAAUAGAUAUAUAUAUAUACAUACAUACAUAUACAUAUACGCCCUCUUUCUUUCUAUUUUUUUUUAAUCAUAUAAUUCUUAAAAUAAUUAAUUACCAUGGCAACAACAACAGUUCAACGUAAUAGUAUCAUGUUAUCACAACAAAAGAAAUUACAAACAGAACAGAAUGAUGAAGAUAUUGUAUUAGCAAAUUAUUUAUCUUCUUCUCUAAGAUUUGACCAGUCACAACAAAGACUUUGGAAUUUUACGACACAUUAUAAUACUACUAAUACUAAUACUAAUAAUAUUAAUAAUACCACUUACUAUAUCCCACAACAACAACAACCAAUAAGACCUUAUCAACAACGUACUCGUAUAUCAAAUAAUUCUACAUUUAAUUAUAAUUAUCAACCACAACCACCAAUUCAAGUACAAAAGUCAAUAUCGACACCUAAUAUAUCACAGCAACGACGUUCUUCAACAAGUAGUCAACAUACUCAAAGGAAAAGACACACGUCCUCUUCUUUAAUACAGUCUCCUUCUUCUUCUUCAGAAGCCUCCUCUAAAGACAUGAAUAAUACAAUACAGACUGAACGUCGUCCCUCAAUUUCGUCUAUUCAAUCUGAAGUAUCUAUAAAUACAAAAUCAUCUAUUUCGAAAAGAAUACGUAAAGUCUUUAGCAUGAACAACCUUAAAGGAUCCUCUUCAAGUACCGAUCUAGCUUCCUUAGCAGAUAAAAAUGACUCAAAUUCAUCUGUGUCUUCUUCUAUGGUAGGAUCACCUUUAUCUACUUGUUCCUUUGCUGCAGGAGAUGAGAAGAAGAAAUCGAAAUCUUCUUUUAAAAGACGAUCUAUUGCUUCUCUAUCUAAUCUAUUUCAUAAAACUUCUUCUUCUAUUGCAGAAGAAGUAGAUGAAACUAGUAAUUAUGAGACAGUUCAACAAAAAAAUGUAGCAACAAUAUCUAGUAAUAAUAGUAGUAGUACUGCUGCUGCUGCUACGACUUCUUCUUCACAACAAAUGGAUGAUAGACGCCAUUCAACUGGUGACUUGCGUCAAUUGGUAAAAGAUAAAAAGAAAGAAAAGAGACCUACAUUAAAAGUCGAUACAUCCAAGCCAACUCAUGGAACAGCUUCAUUACCCAAUGUAAGAAAAGGUGGUUUAAAAGUACGCUCUUCUACAUCCUCUUGGAACACUAACACUAAUAUGAAUAGUGUUGCCCCUGAUUCACCCAAUUCUAUCAUUUCAUCACGUUCUUCAUUCACUCGUCUCCCACCGCCACCUCCUCAACAGCGUAAUUUUAUUCAAUUACCAGAACCAGGUCUACCAUCACCUACAUCCUCUGUUACCUCAUCCAUUAAACAGAACGAAGAAGAUAAUCAUAAUUAUCAUCAUCAUCCUCAUCAUUAUACAAAACCUUCUGUUGGAUUUCAUUAUGGAUCAGGACUUCAUCAUGGUUCUCCAAGAUUAAAGCCUGCUUCUUCAUCUGAUAGCUCACUUAUCAUCACAACUGGAAGAAGGAUUCAAUUUUGUAGUACAAUUCAAGUUCAUGAAACCUUCUCUUCAGGUGAUUACGAUCGUCGUUGUGAUACCAAUGCAACAUGUCAAAAGCUAACCCCUAUGAUGGCUAUGAAAAUCAAACAAGAAUUAAAUGAAUAUAAAUUAUCUGAAAUGGAAGUUCAUGUAGAAAGUAGACAAUACACACACUUCUUUUUAUAAUCAAUUAAAUGCAAGUCGUAUAUCCAAUCAUGCAUUUUUAUAACUUAUUAGAAGAAAGAAAGAAAGAAAGAAAGAAAAAA